AUGAAUGUGCGAGCGGCCAUCUGUAUAUCUUUACCUGGCCGGCGAGGCAUAGCAGCGAAAUUGCAAACUGAAACUUCAGAACAGACACGCCGUUUGCAUCAACAGUUACUCAAGGCUAUCACCUACCAAGCGUGCAUUCCUAUUUUCUUCUGGUUCGCUGUGCUGGCUUAUGCAUUAGGACAACUCAACGUAUUGCAUCAUCCCAUCGUCGAGUAUUCCGUAUUUAUAUUUUUUGGCUUCGUUCCAGCAUUUAGCCCAUUGUCAUCAUUCUAUUGCAUUCGACCGUAUCGAAUGUGGCUGAUGAGGAGGGUUACGCUAGUAUCUGAGUCAGUUAGAUGGAGCAGUUAUCAUUAACGAUAAGAGUGCACUGUCAAUGAAUGUAUCACGG